UGAUUUUGGUUUGCUAACAUAGGCCAACUUGGCAUUAGAGCCACCUUAGUGCGACGGCCUCCAGGUUUAAUCAGCAACAGUUACCCAAAGGAUUUUCUACUUGGUUUACUCUGAUGCUUGCUUUUGGGUGGAGGGAGGGCCUAGGAUGAUGUCAAAUUACAGUCUUUCCUCCUCCCCUCAGAGAGUAAAGUCCACUGGCAGGAGUGCCUAAAUUGGCUCUAACCCUGGGCUCUCACAAUGCUUGCUUGUUUUCACAGGGCAGAAGAAUGAAACGCCUUAGAAAAAGAGCAACAUUCUGGAAAAUUGUAUAGUUUCUUUUUCUUCCCAGAUUGUCUCAAGUCUGUGGAGGAUUCCCUUGCUACACACCACAUCAAAGGAAUUUUCUGCAUUUAAAACAAACGAAGCAUCAUGCUGAAGAGGGAGGGGAAGGUCCGACCCUACACGAAAACCCUGGAUGGAGGUUGGGGAUGGAUGGUUGUGUUUCAUUUCUUCCUGGUAAAUGUAUUCGUGAUGGGGAUGACCAAGACUUUUGCAAUUUUCUUUGUGGUUUUUCAAGAAGAAUUUGAAGGCACCGCAGAGCAAACUGGUUGGAUUGGAUCCAUCAUGUCAUCGCUUCGUUUUUCUGCAGGUCCCCUAGUUGCUGUUACUUGUGACAUAAUUGGAGAGAAAACUGCCUCCAUUCUUGGGGCUUUCCUUGUUACUGGUGGAUAUCUGAUCAGCAGCUGGGCUACAAGCAUUCCCUUUCUUUGUGUGACUAUGGGAUUUUUACCUGGUUUGGGUUCUGCUUUCUUGUACCAAGUCGCUGCUGUGGUCACUACCAAAUACUUCAAAAAACGAUUAGCUCUUUCUACAGCUAUUGCCCGUUCAGGGAUGGGACUGACAUUUCUGUUAGCGCCUUUUACAAAAGUUCUGAUAGAUCUAUAUGACUGGACAGGUGCCCUUAUAUUAUUUGGAGCAAUCACAUUGCAUUUGGUGCCUUCUAGUAUGCUCUUGAGACCCACCCAUAUCAAAAGCGAGAGCAAUUCCGAUAUUAAAGAUAAAAGUAGCAGUUUUUCUGCAAGUGGUCCAGAGGCAGCAUGUGGGACAGAAACAUCAUGCCGCAAUGAGAUACAAGAGUCUGCCAUCAGGGACAAUACUAUGCAGGAUGGACAACCUGGUAUAAGUUUAACAGUCUCACAAAAUCAAAAUGAAGAGUGCAACAAUGAACCUAACAGGAACAGACUCUUCCAAAAAACUAAUGAAGAAAGUUAUGGGAAUAAGACUAUUUCGUGGAGCUGCAAACAAAAACUUUUUGAUUUUUCUCUUCUUAAGAAUCCUUUUUUCUACAUAUUUACGUGGUCUUUUCUCCUCAGUCAGUUGGCAUAUUUCAUCCCUACCUUUCACCUGGUAGCCAGAGCCAAAACACUGGGGAUUAAUAUCAUGGACGCCUCCUACCUCGUUUCUGUAGCUGGUAUCAUUGAGACAGUCAGUCAGAUUAUCUCCGGAUGGGUUGCUGAUCAAAACUGGAUAAAGAAGUAUCAUUACCACAAGUCUUACCUCAUCCUCUGCGGCAUCACUAACCUGCUUGCUCCUUUUGCCACCACAUUUCCACUACUUAUGACCUAUACCAUCUUCUUUGCCAUUUUCUCCGGUGGUUACCUGGCAUUGAUACUUCCUGUACUGGUUGAUCUGUCUGGGAAUUCUAUGGUACACAGGUUCUUGGGGCUUGCCAGUUUCUUUGCUGGGAUGGCUGUCCUUUCUGGACCACCUUUAGCAGGCUGUUUAUAUGAUUAUACCCAGACAUACACCGGCUCCUUCUACCUCUCGGGCAUAUGCUAUCUCCUCUCUUCAGUUUCCCUUUUCUUUGUACCACUGGCUGAGAGAUGGAAAAACAGUCUGACCAGAAAGAGAGAGGACUGCAAUCAAGUGAGAGCUUAACAAAAGAAAGUCUAAACUAAAAGUCACUGGAAACAAAAGCAUGGAAGAAAAGUACCCGCAUUUGUAAACUAAGAAGGUGAACCACAUAAUUUUUUAAGGUUCCUUUUUGCUUUAGCACUCUGAAGAAUGUCUAACUGGUGGUAAGAAAAGAGUAAUAGCAACUUAAAUUAAACUCUGUUAGUAUUUAAUCAAAUAGGCUAAAAUUUUAAUCAGUUGAAGCAGUUACUUUAGAUAUUAAAUGAAAAUCAGAAUGUACUGUAAUAAUAAAUUAACCAAACUCUCAGCUGUGCCAUGGUAAUUCAGUCGCAAAAAUAUGUAAAGACAGAAAACCAUUUUCCUUCAUAUAGAGCAGUAUUUGUGUAAACAGAGUCAUUGAACUCUGGAAUGUGAAUGAACAUUGAAACAUUGUUUAAUGACUGGAAGAGUAUACACCCCCCAAAUAGUUUAUCUUUGCUUCUUAACUAGAGGUAAUCUUUGUUUUCUUUCAUUAUUUUGUUUCUUAAAUUUUCUAUAAUAAACAUGUAUUGCUAUGUAAUAAAAAAAUAAAUAAGAACUGCUAAAAAAAGAAAAAACCCCACAAACAACAAACCUUUAUUGCAAGAUCAUUUGAAUAGUAUUCCUACUCAUCCAAACAAUGGUACUUUUUCACUAUAUCUAAUUAUCUGGAAUGUUCAAGCUAAAUAUCUAGACAUAUCUUCAGAACAAGUUUUAUAUGAAAGUUGAAUAGGUGGCUCUUAACGGGAGAUAAACCAAAAGAUGUUUCUUAAAUAUGGAAUAAUUAUGUUAACUAAUUAAUGUCACUUAGACUAAGCAACUACAUGUGGAUAGAGAGCUCUUCAUUAUCUGGGUGAUUUUAAAAGGAAAAAAAGACCACCCUAGAGUUCUCUGCAAUACCAACCUCCUCUAGAAUCUCCUUCAGAAUGGUCCUCAAGACUAUUAUUACUAUUAUUAUUCCAUCUUUCCAUUCCUCUCUGCUUUGAAAUAUCUAUUAAUUCCCUAUAGAGAAAAAUCCUAAACUGAAAGCCUGGUUUUAGCUCCAAAAUGCCACACCCUCUCACUCUCUACGUGUGCCUUUGUACAAGCUGUGCCACCAGUUACAAUCCCAAUGGCUUGCCAUUCUCCACCAGGCACGGUCUCACUUAUCCUUCACAAUCUGACUCACCAAAAGCCUCUGGAAAACCUCCCCCAGCAUUGUCAUUCUCUCCUCUGUAAUCUCAUCUAACUUUUUUUUUAAUUAAUUAAUUAAUUUUUGGCUGCAUUGGGUCUUCAUUUCUGUGCGUGGGCUUUCUCUAGCUGUGGCAAGCGGGGGCCACUCUUCAUAGCGGUGUGCGGGCCUCUCACUAUCGAGGCCUCUCUUGGUACGGAGCACAAGCUCCAGACGCGCAGGCUCAGUAGUUGUGGCUCACGGGACUAGUUGCUCCGCGGCCUGUGGGAUCCUCCCAGACCAGGGCUCGAACCCGUGUCUCCUGCAUUAGCAGGCAGAUUCUCAACCACUGCGCCACCAGGGAAGCCCUAACUUUUUUUUUUUUUAUCUUUAUUGGAGUAUAAUUGCUUCACAAUGGUGUGUUAGUUUCUGCUCUAUAACAAAGUGAAUCAGUUAUACAUAUACAUAUGUUCCCAUAUCUCUUCCCUCUUGCGUCUCCCUCCCUCCCACCCUCCCUAUCCCACCCCUCCAGGCUGUCACAAAGCACCAAGCUGAUCUCCCUGUGCUAUGCGGCUGCUUCCCACUAGCUAUCUCUUUUACGUUUGGUAGUGUAUAUAUGUCCAUGCCUCUCUCUCGCUUUGUCGCAGCUUACCCUUUCCCCAUCUAACUUUUAACAGAGCACUAUAUAUGAGCUGACAUGUCAAUCUUUUCCAUCAGUCUGCAAGAUCAACAAGAUGGAUCUAUUUCCCAAGGGCCAGCACCAAUUCUGGAACCAAAUUAAUCUGGGUUCAAAUCUGGGUUAUCUUAAAAACUGCAGUUGGUCCUAUUUAAAAUGUAUAGGUUUUACACUUAAAUGUAAAUGUCUAACAUUCUUUUUACAUUUCAGAUGUAAGACAAUAUGAAUAGAGCAGAAACAGUACCGCCUCACACAAACAGCAAAAAUAAUAAUAAAUCCAAGCUCUGCUACCUGUUACUAUGUAACCUCGUGAAAGUUAGCCUCUCUGAGUCCCAAUUUCCUCCUCUGUAAAAUGAGGAUUCCACCAAGCUACCUCACAGCUAUACUAUGAGGAUUAAAUGAAAACAUACUUGUACCAAGCAAAAUACCCUUCAUACACAGUAGCUGAUAAUUUCCUUUCUUCUUCUUUCUACAUCAAAGCACAAGAUUAAGAAAAUCAAUGAUUUACUAGGAACCACUCUAUCCGUCCCCCCUUCCCUCUUGAGCAAUAACUGUUCUCAAAAGACGUUAACUACCUAGGGCAACUAGAUUCUUUCCUCCUAUGAAAGCAAACUAUACAUUUUAAGCAGAACCAACUACAGGGAGUUCCCUGGUGGCCUAGUGCUUAGCAUUCAGGGCUUUCACUGCCAUGGCCUGGGUUCAAUCCCUGGUUGGGGAACUGAGAUCCUGCAAGCCGCACGGCCAAAAAAAAAAUAAAUAAAAUAACCCACAAAACAGUAAAAGUAGAACCAACUAAAGAACUCCAAGUUGAAUUCUGAUUUACAAAGGCUUUAUGACUCUUACACAACAGGGCAGUUCUUCAUCCUACUCCAUGCUAACAGCCCCUCUAAACCUGGGCGGUGUGGAUCAAGAAAGACUGACUCCCUAGACUACAGGAAGCUAAAGACUUCAUAACUAAUGUAUUCACUAUAUUAACAAUUAACUUUAAAUGUUCCUAUUCAUUUACUCCUGCCCUUGAACAAUAUUAUAAGAUGUUAACACAUUUCUAAGUAACCAUAAUCUAGAAAUACUAUCUCGGACAGAUACAGGGUUUCAAGAAAAGCAAGAGUACACUGAUUUUCUAUCUCCUUCCCCCUCAAGAUAUCCCAUGGGACAAAGAGGAAACAAAGAGGCUUAGCAUGUGUUUGGAGAAGUAGGCUGGUGAAGAACUUUAUUUCAACAUCUAAUACAUACUAGUCACUGAGGCAGACACAUUUUAUAUUUAAUCUUAAUUUAAUAUUCACAAACUUUGGAAGAAAAUACUAUGAUGACUAUUUUACAAAUGAAUAAACUUAAGGUCAAAGUAAUUAAACACCCAGUAAGUAGAGGAGUCAUAACUCAAACUCAAACUGACAAAAAACCCUACACUUUCCCCUUCAGACAACCCUGGCUUCUUAGCAGUGUCACAAGAUUACGAAGCUAAUUUAAUUGUAAGCAGUUAUCUUAUAAUAAAUUUGUUCUAACUCAAAUUGGCAUAAACUUUUAAUAUCUAGAUUGAAAUGAAAAUGAGGAUGCAAAUACCUAAGAACCAAAACAAACAAAUUAAAGCCACAAAACACAUCUGCUACAAUGCAAUAAUAAUGUAGUUGUUAAAGAUAAUGAACUUUUUUUAGGUCUUCCAAUAUUCACCAACCCUGACCAAAGAAGGUAAUGCCUAAGUAUGUGCCACUUAUAAUUCCUCAAUACUAAAAUAUUAGUUGAAAUGUUUAUAAAGUAUAUAAAGUAUUAUCUAUAAAUAUACAUAUUUAGUAGAGCAUAACUUGAACAUAAAAGUUCAAUAAUACUUUCUUCAGUUACUUGCUGAGAUAUUUAAAACUAUUAAGAUACCAUUUCUUGCUGUUCUUACUCUAAGAAAAUGUCAUACCAACACUGUAAAAGGAAUUUUCUAUAUACGUUGUUCAUGAAAUACUAUUUCUGAUACUAAAACUCUACCCACACAGAGCAACUAAGCCCAUGUGCCCCAACUCCUGAGCCUGCUCUCUAGAGCCUGUGAGCCACAACUACUGAGCCCGCGCACCACAACUACUGAAGCCUGCACGCCUAGAGCCAGUGCUCCGCAACAACAGAAGCCACCACAAUGAGAAGCCCACGCACAAUGAAGAGUAGCCCCGGCUCGCGGCAACUAGAGAAAGCCUGCACGCAGCAAUGAAGACCCAAUACAGCCAAAAAUAAAUAAAAUAAAUAAAUUUAUAAAUAAAUAAAACUCCACCGUAUAGUACUUUUAAGUUUUUAAAGUUCUUUCCCACCUAUUACCUCAUCAGCAUCAUGCCAAUCCUAUGAGGAAGAUGGAUAGAUAGGUAUUAAUAUUCCUGUCUUACACCUAAGGACAAAAGCAAAUUAAGACCAAGUUAUUGGCCUAAAGUUACAAAGCUAGUCCUAAUGGAGCCAAUUCUGAAAACUAAUUAACAACGCUGAUUAGAUCACAGCCCCUGGCUUUUCUUCUUUAAUGAUUUUCUAAAAGUAUAA